AAAUGAGUUAAUAAGAUGAAGGAGAAGAGAAAUAAGAUGUUGAAUAAAUAGAAGUAGUUGAACCUGAUGAGCCAGAUGUACCAUAAGAUGAAUAUUAUGCACCAGAAUAAUUAUAAAUUGAAAAGUUACAUAAUGAAAUCAAAGAAGGAUUAAAGAGAAUUGGUAAAACUGCCAAUUUGAGUGGCUAUUCAUUCGUUGAAUUAAUAUGUGAAAAUAAGGUAUUAAUUGACGAAAGCAUCUUAGAAAAUAGAUAAAUUGUUUAAUGUGAUGUAGACUUAUGUGCAUUUGAGAAAGAUUAGUUUUGCUAAUAAUCUCUUAAAUGAUGUUAAUACUUUGUAAUCAAUCAGAUAUUUAACUAAUUUGAAUUUGGCAUUUAAUUAAAUUACAAAUUUGGAUUGUUUUAAUGUACCUAAUACAUUUGAAUUCUUGGAUGAAUUGAAUUUAGACAAUAAUAAAAUCACUAAUUUUGGAUAAAUCAAUCUUCCAAGAUUAAAGAAAUUAUCAUUAAAAAAUAAUUUAAUAAAAAGUGCACAAGGUUUUAUGGGACAUAAUACAUUAGAGAUUUUAGAAUUGAGAAAUAAUAAAUUAGAAACAUUUGAAGGGUAAUUGAUAAAUAGAAAUAAUUUUUUAGAUUUUAGAAGUUGUUGAAAUUAAAAUAAAUAUGGGCUGCAUAGAAUUAAAUAAUUUCAAUAGGACAUUUAACUGAAUUACCUGAAUUACAUACAUUACAUUUGAGAGCAAAUAAAAUAGUAGUAUUAACAGAUAUUCCAAAUUUACAGAAAUUACAUCAUUUAAAUUUAAGAGGAAAUUUGAUAGAGAAAUUAGAUGAAUUUAAUAAUCUUAAAUAAUUAGAUAAUCUGAGAUCAAUAACUAUGCAUGAGAAUCCAAUAGCAACAGAGAUGGGUGAUGGAAUAAGAAAAGAGAUAAUAAUGAUAUUAUAAUAAAUAGAAAGAGUAAAUAAAGAGCCAGUACCUCCAGAAGAAAAAGCAGAUGCAUUAGGAGAAUUAAAAGAGAGAAUAGCUGCAGCAAUAUAAAAGAAGAAAGAAGAAGAGGAAGAAGCAGCAAGAAUAGCUGAAGAAGCAAGAUUAGCAGAAGAAGCUAGAUUAGCAGAAGAAGCUGCUAAGGCUGCAGAAUUAGCAGCUGAACAAGCUGCAGCUGAAUAAGAAGCAGCAGAAAAAGCAGCUGCUGAAGGUAAAGCUAAUUAACCUAAAGUAAAUUAAGAAGAAGAAGAAGAAGAAGCCUGA